CGGGGGAUUUCUCUUACAGGGAAGAAUGUAACGGUCUCAUUUUCUGCCAUCUCAAAAGGCAUCUUUUUUCACGUUAAACUUCACUCAAAACCAUCACAUUUUCACUAAGUUUCUGAAAAAUGCCCCAAAUCUUAGCUUUUUCGCUACAUUUUUCUCUUUUUCUUGUUAUUGUCCUGGCCUUUGCUCCUCUAUUUUCCGAUGCCGAUGUUAGCCCGUCGUUGAAAGCGCAAGGAGACGGCGUUCAGCCGCAGGAGCUGUGGUGCGUAGCGAAGAACAACGCUGAGGACGCGGCGCUGCAGGCGGCGCUGGACUGGGCCUGCGGAGCAGGGGGAGCUGAUUGCGGCCUAAUCCAGCAAGGAGGGCCCUGCUACGAUCCUUCCAGUGUACAGAACACGGCGUCAUAUGCUUUCAACGACUACUUCCUCAAGCACGGCUUGUCCGAUGACAGUUGCAACUUCAAUAACAACGCAGCCCUUACUUCCUUGAACCCUAGUCAUGACAGAUGCAAAUUCCCAUCCAGUUUGACAGUGAGCAAUGGGAGCUUUACGGGAACAGCUUCAACUUCAACUGUGGGAUUGGGACCAAGUGAAGAUAUAAGUAGCUGCAGUGAAGUUGCCUGGGGUUGGAAGUGGUUUUGGCCUUUGAUUAUUACACAUUUGCUGAUUAUUGUUUCAAGAUAGUAAGGAGUGAAUGGACCUUUUUUUUUUUUUUUUGAAAUGAAGGAACUAAAAAGGUUUUUCCUUCUUCAUAUCAUACCAGCUAGACAUUUAGGAUCACAAUGUGUGUUUGCCAGAGCAUUAUUAAGGAUUUUGUAUGUUGUUGUCGUAUGUUUUAAACUUGAGCUAGCUCUAUUUAGUGACUAGUUACAACGUCUCAGCUCUUGAAGACCCUGAAUGGCCUCAGUACAACGUAUUUGGAAGAAGGUAAAUUUAUAAUAACUAAAAAAAAUUAUUAACAUCAUAAAAAGUGUUACUUUUGCAAGUGCUCUUGAUCACUGCACAAUCUAAAGCACUGGAGGGGAUUCAUAUCCUACCUUCUGUGUAUUCUACACUGAGUUUCUUCACCCUAGGAUAUCUUGUUACAUCUUGGGGACCAUAUUUCCCAACGGACAUAGUCAAACAGUUCGUUCCAUGGUAAUCUGUCUAGUGAACACUAAGUAUCGAAUGCAAGGAAAACCUAGUAUCCUUAAUGAUCCGCAAUUUCCUUUUGUGUGUUAUGCUUCAGAAAUUGCCACAUCACGAGCAACGGUGCGCCUAAAUUCAGGAAACAACCGAAAUGCCAGGGAAAAAUGCUCUGUAUCUGAUCUCUCAAAUCUUAGUGAAUAGAGAUAUGGAGACCUGACCACGUAUAGUCCUGAAAAUUGAUUCUUCGUGUUGGCUAGGGAUCUCACGAAGUUAUCUAGUUGGUGUUAACUAACCAACCGCGCUAGGCACACAGUAAAAUAAGGUAUGGUCUUGAACUUGCUCAGCAAAUCUGGUCUGUCAUCCGGUUUAGUGGUUACUUGAUCUCCCUUUCAUGAGUGAUUUCCUUCAAGACUUUGUAUGUGAGACGCAAAGCCAAUCACUUGUUGUAAUCAAGAGGCCUGAAGAUAUUUGUUACUUGAGCAAUUGUGAAUGUUAAUUGUUAAGAAUCUUUAUGGCCCUCAAUUCAUCACUGAGAUUCUUUUUCACUAUCCUGCCUCCAGUGUUGUCUUAUUUCUGAGAAAAUGAGAUUUGCGUCAGCCAUUGAUGAGACUGUGAGAGCUGUCUUCUCUGGUAGAAUGAAAACGUCGAUGACUUUGUGAAGCUCUCUUUCUUGCCUUGUUUCUUAGGCUUAUCUUUCUGUUAUUGAGCAAUGGAAAGGAGGAAAAGUAAAGGAUCACUACACUCACAGAUUAUUAGUCGCUGUCCUCUCCCUUUCAAAGAACAGUAAGAAAAACUUCACUUUCAUGCUUUUCUAGCAUUUGUGACAGUGAAAUCUUUGCACAUAGUUAGGUGUUAGUUUCACACUUAGACUUCAAGAAAAAGUCCACUUCUUCGGGUUUGGUUAUUUAAUAUAGAGUAAUAGAGAUCGAAAAUAAAUUCUACACGUACGGUUUAUUUUAUCUCUUUAUUUGUAUUUGAAAGACAUUGUAUUAUAUAUUCCAUUUCCAUUAUACAGCCAAGAGUUCGACCAAA